GCACCAAGCCUGGAAGUUGUUUCUUGGCGUCAGACUCUGCCUCUGGGCCGCCUGUUCCGUCCCAGAGACACGGUACCAGAAUAUUUAAAUCACUGUGGCGUUAAAUACGUUUUAAUAUCUGAUAGGGCCAGUUUCUGCGCAUUGCACUUUUUUUUCCUUUCAGGAACGUGUUCGGGCCCGCGGCAGGGGGCGGGGUCGCGCCUCCGCCUCGGCUCUGGUUCCAGCCGAGCCUCACCGGCGCCGAGAUGGAAAUCCCGAGGCUGCUCCCGGCUCGCGGGACACCACAGGGCGGCGGCGGCGGCGGCGGCGGCUGCUGCCCCGCGGGCGGCGGCGGGGUCCACCGAGCCCCGGACUCUCUGGCUUGUCAGGUCCCCACGCGCCGCCUCCUACUGCUCCGGGGGGCCCAAGAUGGCGGGCCGGGGCCGCGGAGCGCAGAGGCCCAGAGGGCCUCACGGGGCCUGGGCCCGAGCCCCAGCACGAACCGGUUGGCGCCGAGGCCAGAUCACCCGAGCCGCGGCGGCGGCGGCGGCGGCGGCGGCGGCGGCGGCGGCGGCGGCGGCGGCGGCGGCGACGACUUCUUCCUGUUGCUGCUUGACCCGGUGGGUGGCGAUGUAGAAACAGUGGGCGCGGAGCAGGCCCGAGGGCCGGGGUGGAGGGAGGAGGCCGAGGCCGGCCCGGGGCCCGAGCGGCGCGAGAGCGGCGCGAACCCCGCGGGCCGGCCCGAGCCGGGCCCCCGCUGCCUGCCGGCCGCCCCGGCUGCGUCCCCGCUGCCGGCGGCCGGCCCGGGCCCCGCGGCGGCCUUCGCGGGCACCAUCACCAUCCACAACCAGGACUUGCUGCUGCGCUUCGAGAACGGCGUCCUCACCCUGACCACGCCCCCGCUGCCCGCCUGGGAGCCGCCGGGGGUCGCGCCUUUCCCGCAGCCGCAGCCGCAGCCGGGGGCCCUGAGCGGCCCGCAGGCCGGGUUUCCGCCCGCCGCCGCGGCGCAGCUGGGCGACUGCCCCGAGCUGCCCCCGGACCUCCUGCUGGCGGAGCCGGCGGAACCCGCGCCCGCGCCGGCGCCUCCGGAGGAGGAGGCCGAGGCCCCGGCCGCCGCCCAGAGCCCCCGCGGCGGGCCUCUGGUCCCGGGCCCGGGCGUGGUGCUGUACCUGUGCCCGGAGGCGCAGUGCGGGCAGACCUUCGCCAAGAAGCACCAGCUGAAGGUGCACCUGCUGACACACAGCAGCAGCCAGGGCCAGCGGCCCUUCAAGUGCCCCCUGAGCGGCUGCGGCUGGACCUUCACCACGUCCUACAAGCUCAAGAGGCACCUGCAGUCGCACGACAAGCUGCGGCCAUUUGGCUGCCCGGUGGAGGGCUGUGGCAAGAGCUUCACCACCGUGUACAACCUCAAGGCGCACAUGAAGGGGCACGAGCAGGAGAACUCCUUCAAGUGCGAGGUGUGUGAGGAGAGCUUCCCCACGCAGGCCAAGCUCAGCACCCACCAGCGCAGCCACUUCGAGCCCGAGAGGCCUUACCAGUGCGCGUUCUCUGGCUGCAAGAAGACGUUCAUUACUGUGAGUGCCCUGUUUUCUCAUAACCGCGCCCAUUUCAGGGAACAGGAACUCUUUGCCUGCUCUUUCCCGGGCUGCAGCAAGCAGUACGACAAGGCUUGCAGGCUCAAGAUCCACCUGCGGAGCCACACGGGAGAGAGACCCUUCCUCUGUGACUUCGAUGGCUGUGGCUGGAACUUCACCAGCAUGUCCAAACUCCUACGACACAAGAGGAAGCACGACGACGACCGCAGGUUCACCUGUCCCGUAGAGGGCUGCGGGAAGUCCUUUACCAGGGCCGAGCACCUGAAAGGCCACAGCAUAACCCACCUGGGCACGAAGCCUUUCGUGUGCCCCGUGGAAGGCUGCUGUGCCAGGUUCUCCGCCCGGAGCAGUCUCUACAUCCACUCCAAGAAGCACUUGCAGGACGUGGGCACCUGGAAAAACCGUUGCCCUGUCUCCACCUGUAACAAACUCUUCACAUCCAAGCACAGCAUGAAGACCCACAUGGCCAAAAGGCACAACCUCAGCCAGGACCUCUUGGCCCAGCUGGAAGCUGCGAACUCCCUUACACCCAGCAGUGAGCUCACCAGCCAGGGCCAGAACGACCUCAGUGGUGCAGAGCUAGUGUCCCUGUUCUCCGAUGUCCCUGGCCACAGUUCUGCUGCGGUGCUGGACACGGCCUUGGUCAAUUCUGGGAUCUUGACGAUUGACGUGGCCUCUGUGAACUCGACUCUCGCAGGCAGUCUCCCUGCUGACAGCAGUAACCAUUCCUUAGGGCCGGCGGUGGAACCCCGGGCCCUCAGGGCCCCCAGUGACCUUCCCCAGAGUCUGGACACCUCACUCUUCUUCGGAACCUCGGUGGCUGGCUAUCAGCAGAGCCCCUUGGACAUGGACGACGCCUCCGGUGGGAACGUGGGCCUCUUUGGCUCCUUGGCUCCGAAAAACGCCAGCCUGGAACCCCAGGCUUUGACACCCAGCAAUAAGUUAACUGUGGACACCGAAGCUCUGACUCCCUCCAGCACCCUUUGUGAAAACAGUGUCUCGGAACUACUGACCCCUGCCAAAGCCGAUUGGAACGUGCAUCCCGAGUCGGACUUCUUUGGGCACGAGGAAGAAACCCAGUUUGGAUUCUCCAACCCAACAGGAAGCCAGGGUUCUCAGAAAGAAACAGAUCUUAUCACGGUGGCUGGCACCCCGUUUUUGGUAUGAGCCGACUCUGCCCGGGCCCUGACGUGUGGCUCGCUUUGAUUACACUCAAAUCUGAGGAUGUUCUGGACAGAGUGCUCACUUACUUACCUGGGGUCCUUUCUUGCUGCUUUGCAAAGGAGCACAUCUGUGGACUACAGAUUGAGAGAUUGAAAUUCUCAUCCCGAGUCUGGAACUGAUGAGUUCUGUCCCUUAACCUAGCUGAGCCUUAAUUUUUUUCUUUUUACAUAUAAAGGAAGUUGUUUGGUUAAAUAGCUUCUAUUCUAUUUUAAGCUCCUUAGGUUCUUGAUAAUAAGUGAUUUCUUCCUUGAAAUUAAUUGUGAUACUCCAACAAUGAUAUGCUCCUAUUUUGAAUAUAAUGUAAAUUAAGUUAUGUAAUAGUGAAUAUAUACUUUGCACUUCAUGAAUUGUUAAACCCAUGCAUCAUCUUGUUUGUCUUUUUCCCUUCUCUUUUUUAGUAUUAUUUUUGAAGGACUACCAGAUAUUAGUUUAUUCAUAAAUAUUCAAUACAGAGCUUCAGAAUACAUUGGGUCUAGAGGAAAGUCUAUUAUAAUAAUUUUUGUAUCGAUGAAAACCAAUGUUUUUAACUUCAUAUUGUUCUAUAAAUGCUGCCUGGUUUAAUAUUCCUUAAUGUUCUGCAGUAUAUUUUAAUCUGUAUGUUUCAUUUCCCCCUUUUCUUAAGAAUUUAUUCAUUGAAAAUAAUUAUUUUUUGAGGAUAUUUUGCUAUAUCCUGUGUAACAUUUGCUGAUUGUGUCCUGAGUUCACCCAGUUUUCUCAAUUUAGUAGUUAAUAACUUUAUCAUAUUUAAAUAUUAUUUUUGCAUGGAUGUUUUAUAGAUUACCCUGAAUUCUUUUAUCAGUUUGCUUAUAAUGUCUCCUUUCUCUUUUUGUGAUACUGACUGAGAGCCUUUCCUGGUCAGGACAUUUGGUUGUGAUUACUCUGGCUUCUGAUGUGUUCAAAUGUUCUUGUACAAUUGCUAACACUUAGGGGAGGAGGAAUUGUUGUUUAGAACACUUAGAAAAGUUUAACUGAAAUACUAUUCAGUGCCAGAGUAUUUUCUUAAAUGAUGUUAAGACUAACAAGACAAAAUAGCAAAGAAAAUUGUGUUUGCUCUUGUCAUUGUUGACAUUUCUGACAUCUUUUGGUGGUAGUAGGGAGGCUGUGUUGUCAAAUUGCCAUCCAGGACUUUGACAUGAAAGACUCUGAGUCCAGUUUGUGCUCUGUGGUAUUGGAGAGGUUGUCUUGAAGAUAAUAGUCUUACUAAACCUCAGUUUCCUGUUUACUGAUUAAUGUGUAUGCACAUGACUAACAUUUCUUAGACUUUUCUUCUCAUACAGUUUCAACACAUAAGAUAAAGUAUGUAUUUCAGUACAUUUUAAAGACUUUAUAUGCUCUUUUUACAGUUUUAGUUUUUUGUGUUGUUAGGGAAAAAGGCGUAAUUUAACCCUAGUGGUAUUCAAGUUAAUAAAGCAUUGUGAGGUUUAGAAUGAAAAGGAAAGGGUCUCUUUAUUCCUUACCCUGAAUAAUUUUCUUUCCCAAUUUGUUAUGGAAAAACCACGAGUGAAAACACUGCUCACAUGGUUAUCUCCAUACCUCUCCAUUUGUUCAGUCUGUCAACAUCCUUGUUCUGUUUCUAACACUAGGCUUCUCUCUGUGACUGUGGAGUCCCUGAUUCUUUCAAAAUCUGAUAAAGGAGAAGAGGGUGAUCAUAUCCUUUGUGAUCUGAAGAGAGCAUUGUUUAUAGUUUUCCAGAAUUGAAAUCAAAGAUCAAAUCUCAAUAUUGUGUAAACUCUGUACAGAGAGUAUAACGUUUUUAGUUUGUGGAAAAGUUUUCAUAACUUAUGCCUUUUAUUUUUGUUCAGAGCAACCCUGUGAGGUAGCUUUAGCAAAGUCUGUGCAUGUUUCAUAUUAUAGUUUAGCCAACUCACAUUCCAACUGGUUUUGGCUAUGACUGACAAUUCUAUAUAUAGCUUCACAAAAGACAAAAAUAUUUUCACCUCUCCUGUUUGCAACUUCCAAGAUUCACUCUCCUCUAUCAUAACUGGUUGCUCUGUUCCAACAUAAUUGGUUUCUAUAGCUUUUGCUUACUUUUUCUAUAGUCCAGUCCCUUGCCUAUGCAUUCCAGUCCUCACAUACCUUUCUUUUUGUUUGUUUUUCUAAUGAGUAGAUAUCUUUCCUGUGACUAUCCCUUCAACAUUUCCCCCAUGGCACAUUUUCUUUCAGUGCUAGCAUUCACUAAGUGUGUACUAUAGUUCUGUGUGUACAGUAAAAAGCUAUUUUCUGAGCUUAAAUAAUAUUGUGUGUAUAUGAUUCAAAGCAUAAAGGAGAUUAUUUUUUAUGCUGUUCAACUGAGAAGUGAAUUUCUGUUUCAUUGUUUCUAUUUAAAAAGUUUUUGCCAGGGAGUUCUGCUAAUACUUUCUUAUUUGUUCUAGUGUACUAGUCUAGUAGCAUUUGCAUGUAGAUGUCUAUGGAUGACAGACUUUGGAAAUGCACUCAAAAUUUGCCACUAUGAAAUGUUUCCCUGUUGUGUGUAUGUUGGUAUUUAUACACACCCACAGAUACUCGCAAAUAUUUUAAAAAUGGUUGUACGCAUUUAGUGAAGAUGAAAAGUAGACAUACUUUUAUAAAUCAAAGAAAUGCUUAGAAUUUUAUUUUGUCUACCCGUUUGACAGUUUUCCAUGUUUGCGUUGAAACUAUUUGUAUUCAUAAAAAUAUAUUUCAAAAGUGUUAUUCAUUUGAACGUUCCUAAAUAGACCACUAUUUUUUGUGUUUGACAAAUAAGUCUGUCAAAGAUGAGCUGAAUACACAAGUCAUGAAAAUAAAGUAAAUUUAUAAACAUGAA